AUGCAUUAUGUGACUCUUUUUUUUGUUACAAUCAGACCCUUUUGUAAAUACAAUCCAAGUUUUAGACAGUGAUAAUUGCUGACAUCCAAUAAUAAUACAUUUAGUAAUAAUUACAUCAAUCUUGUAAGAUAGAGAAACAAAUAUUAUUUCAGUUGGCUAUUCCUAAAUUACUUUUCCCUUGUUAUGCAUUCAUAGGUGUAUUUCCUGGUCACGCAGUAAUUCAUACAGUGUAUUGCAUAUGUGAUUUUUAAAUAUUUAUAUUGUAAUACUAAUCAUAGUAGUAUACGCAUAUUCAUUGUUGUAUCAGGAAUUAUCGAUACCACGAAUUUUCAGAUAAUUCUGAUCAUGGUAUUGUAAUGCUAUUUUAUCUGAUAGGAAACUAAAUAGGUUUUCUAUCUUAAAACUUUUUUAGAUAAUUUUAACAAUGGAAAAACAGACAAUACUUAUUUCUCUUUGUUCGAUGGUCUAAUUUCCGGUUUAGAAAAUUGUCUCUCAGAGGAUGUGGUUCUCGAGUGGUUCGGCAAUAUAAUCGAAGGUUGGAAAAAUGUGACCAAGUUUUGUGUGCGUCGUAAUCCACUGCAUCAAGAAUGCCAGAAAGAAGAUAAUAAUUUUGUCAGUGAUGCAAUCCAUGAGUCGCUUCUCGAAGAAACGGAAAAAUCGUCGAUGUCCGACGCUAUAACAGGCAUUAGUCAGAACAAAAUCCAUGCGAAUGAAGUUAAUUAUGAUUUAAGCGAAAGUGGUACUUUCAACCUCGAGACCUUGUUGAACAUAGAAAAAAUCGAAUAUUCCAUUAAUAAGCUAAAAUUGCACGAAGAAACAUCGACCAUCAAGCCAGAGUGCGACCAAGAAGAUGAACAUGUUCAAGUUAAAUACAUGGAGGCAAAUGGCGAAAUAGAAUUUUCGAAGUUUAGAAUAUUUGGUCACGAGUCACGAAAUCCCGUAAAAUGCUUGGUCUAUUCAUAUAUUUCGUCAGUGGUAGUGUGGUGUCUUGCUUUGGCCAAGGUGUCGCCAUCUGUUAGUAAAUUAUUGGGAGCAAACUGUGGGCAAACUUUCACACCUGCACGUAUUUUGGUCGUAAAACCAGCCGGUGGAACAUUCGUGUGGAUUUCUGCAAGAGCAGCUACAGUUUAUUGGAUCCCAAGUUUUUUCCUCAUGUUCGUUACAUUUCUGACGUUCAUCUUGGUUCGUACAUAUGCAUUUACAUUCGGCUGGUUUACGGAAACGUCGUUGACGCGUGACGUCAUACCAGACUUUAAUCAGAAUAAUAUCCAUGCGACGGAUAACGUAAUAAGUGACACGUCUUACGAUUCGUAUUCUUUUCAAGCUCGAGAUCUUGAGGUGACCAACAUUGAAGAGAUCGAGCAGAGCAUUAAUAGGAUAAAAUUGGAAGAGGAAAUGGCAGCGACUAUCAAAAGAGAGUGCUGUCAAAGAGAUGAACACGAUAUCUUAAUUGGAGCCAAACGGCGGAAUAGAAUUCUCGUGAAGCUUUUUGGAAAUGAAGUAAAAACAUUGGUUUUCUUUGUUCAUUUGUUCGUACGCGAUAAUGGAAAUUAUUCAGUUUCCCCUAUCAAGUCUUUCCAUCUGAUUUAUUUGAUUUUACUUGGAUUGUGAAUUGCAUACUAUUCUGUCUGAACUCUCUAAAAUUCAAUUAUUCGAUCUCUAGGAAAUCAACGAGAUGGAUAACACAUUCAAAAGAUUUUGGUAGCUUUCUGAAGAAUGUUGAUUACUUCGAGGAUUUUUAG